GUAUUGCUUUGUUCUGUGAGCAUCUUCGUCUUUUCUGUUGAUAUUUUCAAUCUACGCUAUACUUUGUUCUUAAUGCGUUCCAUGAUAGUACCGACAUUGUGUAAUAUAUAAUCGUCAUAUUUCUCUCAUCAUUGUGGGCUUCUCUCUCAUCAUUGAUUUCAUUCUUUUCAGUCUUCACUUUACAAUAAUCUGCUUUCUAUUUUGUUUUAUUUCAAUAUCAGUCUCAGUUGUUUCUCGAUUUUUCAACUAUACGGAAUUAAUUUUUUAUAGCAUUUUUGUGACGAAAAUUGCUAGUUCGCAAAAUAUAAAAGUUGACGAGAAUUUUAAUUAAAAAAAAAUAAUAUAAAAUAAUUGUGUUUGUGGAAGUGGAAGUUUACAAUCAGUGAGGCAAAAUGUCAUCGGCGUUUUUAUACAAGCAAGAAAAAUUUAUUCAUCAGAAGCUCAACAGAAACAAAACGAACGAGUAUACAAAGAUGGUGAAUGCAAUCAGUAAGAGACGUAAAAGUGUUAAGGAUGAGAAUGAUCCAGUUCGUCAGCGAAUGCUCAAAGAAAGGCAAGAUCAUGCAAGACGACAAGAUCAGGAUUAUUCUCAUGUUUUUAGACGAAAAACGAGGUUCGAGCUGAUAAGACUCUCGUUGAUAAUUAUGGGAAUCGAAUUUGCCUACAGUGCAGAAACAGCUUUUGUGUCACCGAUUCUUUUAUCGAUUGGUAUUGAGCAUAAACACAUGACUCUAGUGUGGGCAUUAUCACCAUUCUUAGGAUUCUUCUUAUCUCCAAUAUUGGGAUCAAUAUCGGAUAGAUGUGCAUCACCAUUUGGACGACGACGUCCUGUUAUUUUUACUUUAUCAAUCGGAAUCAUUUUAGGGCUGUUUUUAGCACCUUAUGGAAGACUGAUAGGAGAAUUUGUUGGUGGAUGGGAAGAUGAUGAUGAUAUUACAAUUAUUACUAAUAAUACAGUGAACUCAAACCUUACUAACGUGCUAUAUGAAUCGAAUGCCCCACUUUCAGGAAGCAGUUUUUACUGGGCUUUAUUCUUCUCUGUUCUUGGUACACUUAUGCUUGAUUUCUCAGCAGACAAUUGUCAAACACCUUCACGUGCUUAUUUGUUGGAUGUAUGUUUGUCUGAGGAACAUGGUAAAGCAUUAUCGACUUUUACAAUUAUGGCUGGAAUCGGUGGAUGUCUUGGAUAUGCUCUUGGUGCUGUUGACUGGAAUGGAACUGUUUUUGCAAACUUAAUUGGCGAUAACAUCAAAACUGUUUUUGCAUUAGUGACUGUAAUAUUUAUUCUAUGCAUGCUGACAACGAUAUCAAGCUUCCGAGAAAUUCCCUUAAAACUUCUCGAAUCAGACGAAAUGCUUCGUCCAUUAACACAAAUUUCAGUCAAGAAAGAAAAAGAGAAACUUAAAGCCAUCGAAAAUGGAAAGUUCCAGUUGCAGGAAUUACCAAUUACAGCAACGGUUGUGUCUGAAAAGCUUAAGUCUAAUGGAGUUACCAAUGGUGAAGUGAUGAACUACACAGAAACAGUUGUAAAAAGCAGCUCAUCUUCAAUCAGCAGUUCUGAUGACGACGAUGAUGAGAAUGAUGAAUCAAGUGUCACUUUUAUGAUGUAUAUUAAGUCAAUCAUUUUCAUGCCGAAAUCGUUAAGAAUUUUAUGCAUCACGAAUUGCUUGGCUUGGAUGGGACAUAUCGUGUAUUGUCUGUAUUUCACAGAUUUCGUUGGCGAAGCUGUUUUUGGUGGAGAUCCAUCAGCUGAUCCAGAUUCUGUUGAGUAUGAGCUCUAUGAUCAAGGAAUUAGAUUUGGAUGUAUGGGUAUGGCAGUUUAUGCCUUUGCAUGUGCUUUAUAUUCAAUGAUAAUUGAGAAGCUCAUCAAAAGAUUCUCAGCAAAAUAUGUCUAUGUCGGUGGAUUGUCACAAUUUGGUUUGGCUAUGGCAUUCUUAGGCAAGUUCCCAACGAAAAUUGGAGUUCUUGUAUUUUCAACAACAGCAGGAGUUGUGUAUGCGACCUUAUUCACGAUACCAUUUAUGCUUGUCGCUCAAUAUCACAGCAAGCAAACAUAUAAAGUAAGAAAUCCAGACAAUGAGCUAGCUGAGAAGGUAGAGCCAAUAGAAGUAUUUGAAAGAGGACUUGGUACGGAUUGUGGAAUUGUCGGAAGUAUGCUUUUUGUAGCACAAUUUACUAUGUCAUUGAGCAUUGGCUCAUUCAUCACAUUUAUUGACUCAACAGCUGCUGUUUUAUAUGCAGCCAGCUUCUUCAGUUUUCUUGCAGCAAUUUCUGCAUGUUUUGUCGUAUACAUGGAUCUCUAAAAUGGAUCUAUAAAUAAUGCUUCCAUUCGUAUGUGAUAGAAUUUUCAGAUAUAGACUUAAGAUUAUUACCUUAUCGUUACUUAUUAUUACUAUUGUUAAAGUGUCUUAAAAGCAAUGUAAAAGUGGCAUUAUUAAAAAAUAAAAAGAAUGAAU